AACGGACCUCUCAUGUAAACAUUGCUCGCUUCUCCACACAAUCGCAUUAAUCAGAUCAAUCAGAUUGAGAGCUUGGUUCAUCAAAGCGCGACCGAACGGCCGUUUAUCUUUAGAGACUCUCAUCAGCACCUAUCCACAGCCUCAGACUAGCUUCCUGGAAAUCCUUUUCGGCUCUGGUUUCCGACCGCGCCGAAUUUCAACAUGGCAUCGAGUGGCAAGUCCGCUGCUGCCCGGAAGCCCACGCUUGAUCUCACAGCCCGUGAGUGCGAGCUGGUCGCUGCUGCUUGGCUGUCAGCCCAGGAUCCUCAGAUCGAUUGGGACAAGUUCGCCGUCAUCGCGGGCUUCAAGAACGCCCACUCGGCCCGCACGUGCUUCGGGCCUCUGAAGAAGAAGCUGCAGGAGAAGUACGGCAGCAGCAAGCCCGCCGCCGGCGUCGUCAAGUCGUACCAAUGGACCCCGCGCCAGCGCAAGAGGAAGGCGACCGCAGGCGGUGACGCGGCCGAGGCUGUUUCCGAUAGCGCUGCGCCUGGUGACGAUCUUGCGGCCGGCGCUGCCUCUGCCGCCUCUGCCGUCUCUCCUGCGGCAAAGAGCUCAAGGAAUUGUGGCAACGGCUCGGGAGGGCGCUCCAAUGAACCCAUUAUCGAUCACGACGCCACCGAGGAUGAGAACGAGGGCGAUGCCGCCCCAGCCACGCCAGCCAAGCGGAACAAGAGGCACAAGGCCUUUUCCGAAGCUGAAGUCCUAGAUGAUCCCCUAGACGAUUACGAUAUGGACGGCGUCGUCUAACCGCCCACAGUGGACCCAUGCCGGCUGGACCGAGUGGAGGCUCGCCAUUCGAUGUUGAGAGAUGUGUUUGGAGGGUCUCUAGGGCGCAUAUUUAUUAUUACACACUGCUUAUGCCUGGCUAUCAUGUGUAGCUUUCCACUGAUUCAAGUUGACUGAAUCAUCAGCCGUGGAAUUCAAAGUACACAGACUAUUGCUUGAAGGAACACCAUAGAAACAAUUUUACGUGGGGAGCGCGGUGAGAUGGGGUAAUAUCAUAGCAUUAUUGAUAUCAUAAAUCAAUUUCUGUGUGUGCCA